GGCACAGGUAGAUCAUACAUGAGACCAAUAAUAAUUCGCGAUUAGGCGGUUAGUCAGUGAUAAUAGUCUCGAGGAUCGCGUAUCGGUGCAGGGGCCUCCGCGUUUACUGGAUAGAGCGACCCUGCCGAGUGUGUGACACAACCCAUGGACCACGGAGCGAUGGACAGUUCCUCCGAACACAGCAGCCGCGCCAGCCCAGUCACCGGUAGCCCAAAGCACCCAGCGCACAGUCCCUCGAACCAAAAUCAGUCCCAACACCACACCUCGCAGCACCAACAGCCGCCCCAGCCGUUGCACCAGCAGUCCCACCCCCGGGACCAGAUCCGCGAACAACAACAGCAGCAACAACAGCAACAACAGCAGCAGCACAGGGGUGUCGCAACACCGGGGUCACCUACGCGGGGUUCGCCACCUCAGGGACUGCCGCUGAGCCCGCCGCCGUUGUCGGCCGGAGGGGGACCGGGAGCACCUCCGGGAAUGGUCCCGAGGAUGCCGGGCCUGCCGCCGCCGGGUCUUGGCUUGCUGGGCCAGCUCGGUGGAAUGCUGGGCGGCCACCACGGGUCGCCGCUCGAAUUGAUGGCCGCGCACCACGCGGUUCUGCCCCCCAGGUCGUACAACAGCCCGCCGCCGAUAAGCUCGAGUGACCCCACCGCGAACGAGUGCAAGCUCGUCGAUUAUCGCGGGCAGAAAGUAGCCGCGUUCAUUAUCGGAGGCGACACGAUGCUCUGCCUGCCUCAGGCCUUCGAGCUGUUCCUGAAACACCUCGUCGGCGGGCUUCACACCGUCUACACAAAGCUCAAGAGGCUCGACAUCGUACCUCUGGUCUGCAACGUCGAACAAGUCAGGAUCCUCAGGGGAUUGGGCGCCAUUCAACCGGGUGUCAAUCGGUGCAAGCUACUCAGCUGCAAGGACUUCGACGUGCUGUACAGGGACUGCACCACCGCCAGGAACAGCUAUCAAUUGGGGUACAGCAUCUUUCCAGAAGUUUAUAGACGAAGGCCCGGGAGACCCCCGAAAAGAGCCUCCGUCGGCCUCAGCCUUGCCGCCAGCCACCUCGCAGCCGCUGCAGGACACCAUCCUCAUCAUCCCCUCAAGAAACAUCGCAUGGACAACGGUGACUACUACGAGAACGGGCAUCUAGAUGUGCCCAGAAUGGAGAAAUCCCCGCUUCUAGCCAAUGGAUACAACCAUCCACCCACACACUUGAGUCACAUGCAGUUCAUGCAGCUAGGAGGACAUCCUGGCGCUGGUCACACGGCGAUCCUGUCGCCAGCCAGCCUGCCACACCACCUUCAAGCUCAGGCAAGAGCCGAGCAGGGUCUCAAGGUCAACCCGAACAUGCCGAACAUGGAAGCAAUCGCAAGAUCCGGGAUUUGGGAAAACUGCAGAGCAGCCUACGAGGACAUCGUCAAGCACCUUGAAAGACUGAGAGAGGAGAGAGGAGAUGCGGAGCGGGCUCUGGCACUGGACCACAAACCCCGUGACCUCAGUUCCCACAACGGCUCCUCGAACGGACACAGUCCGGUCCUCAACUUGUCGAAAACCGCCGGCAGCGGCAGCGUCGGCGAACAAUCCGGCAGCGAGGCCGGCGCCUCUCACCGUUCGCAGGACGACGAGGACGACGAGGACAACUUGACCGACGAUCUCGAGGACGAUAAUGUCAAGGACGAGGAUCUCUCGGACGUCCCGGAGAACCUCCCGCUGCCAGCACCCGGCUCCGAAAGUCCGCAAGCUUUAAAUUACUCCCAAAUAGCCUCGGCGGCGGUGGCCGUGUCGCAGAGCGGACAGGACCCCUCGGUUUCCAGCACCGAGACCCUCCUCAGGAACAUCCAGGGCCUCCUCGAGGUCGCGGCGGACAACGCGCGGCGGCAGGAGCGCAAGGUCAACCACGAGAAAGCCGAACUUAGGAUGGACGUACUCAGGGAGAAAGAGGUUAAAGACAGCUUGGAGCGGCAGCUACAAGACGAACAGAAGAUCCGUGUGGCCUACCAGAAACGUCUGAAAAAGGAACGCAGGGUCAGAAAACGACUCCAAGAUCAACUCGACCUUGAGAUGAAACGACGCACCCAACUCGAGGAAGCCCUAAAGGCCACGGGGGCAUCGACGGAACAAGUCAGAGCUCUCACGGACAACAUAUCAACGGAAGCACGCACCAUCGCCGAGCCUCCCGAGGAAAGCCCUGUGCAUCCGCAACCCCAACAGCAGCAGUCUCAACAACAACCCGCUCAGCCAGCCCAACAGUAUAGAGAUUCGCAGGCGCCUCGUCCACCCCAGCAACCACCUACGCCGGAAAAACCAGGCUGGGGAUACAGCGGGCUCGACCUAAUCGGGAACCAGGCAUCCGCCUUUUGGCAAAAUUACCAAGAAUCCCUGGCACAGGAGCUCGAACUCGAGAGGAAAUCCCGACAGCAUCAGGGCGCUGAACGGGAACAAGUCAAAUCCCCACUACAAGAGUCUCGGACGGGUUACUACAAGAAUUCGGUCCUCUUCACGAGCGCGACUUAGAUAGUGGAUCGCUCGACGACGAUGGAAAAAAGUCGUCGUGUAGAAAAAUCUAGUUACAUAGGUAUAAAUAAAAUACCACAGAGAGGAGCGUCGCGCAAACGCACAGAGCCGAUGAUCCGUCCUCCGGACUCGAGGAUCACCUCAAGGAGGAAUCAACGCUGACUGCAAUGAGCCUCGAGUUCUUGUACGUUUUUCAUCAUACCGCGUACAUACUCGUACGUAUAUUGCGUGUGAAGUUGGGUAGCGAUAACUUGUGGCGUGAAAAUAGGUUAGCAAAUAAAAAAAAAACAAAAAAAAAAAAUUCAAAAGAAAGCCGGACAUUUUUUAUCGACGAUAUAAUUGACACGCUGCAGAUAUGCAACAAUAUAUAAUAACAUAUAUAUAUAAUGAAAAUAUAUCCAUCGAUAUACGUACGAUAUGCAUAUAUAGUGUGUGAUAUGACGUACGAGCAGAGAGUAUAUAUAAAAGGUAUUUCCAGCGGGGCUUACGGACGUUCGACAUUCUAUAGAUAAGAUUAUUAACAACUGAAUUGAAAAAUUAGAUUAACGUAAACAAUACAUAUAUUGCGACGCUAUCUCAACGUAUAAUAAUAAAAAUAAUAAUAUACCAUAAUACUAUAAGUGUAUCCUAUAGCUCGUGAACUGAUUGAAAAUCAGGCCAAGAGGUGUAUUAUAUUAUAUAAUAUAGCGUAUAAAUUAAUUACUGCAGUCAUCAAACGACAACUCGUGUAGGUGAAUAGAUAUAUAUAUAAUAUACAUACUACAGAUUCGAUAUAAGUUGGAUCGACAUUCAUCAUAAUCAUUUUCGUCAUCGUUAUCACGCAUCGUCAUUAUCGUUUACGAUCGUUAACUCAAUUAUUAUUAUUAUUAUGAUUAUUAUUAUUACGUCAUUAUAUACUAUCAUUAAACGCCUAGUAUUACAUUACCAUCAAGAAUUGUAGUUAUCAAGAAUUUUGUUACGUAACACGCGAGUCGCGUUUAAAUACCCGUAAUAUUAUAGACAGCAAAAAAAU